CGACGUUGACGUCGACGGCUUUCACCGAUACUUGACCGAAUUCAUGUCCACCGUAGACUUUGCGACUGCUGUCGCGCAAGAAGAGGCCUAUCUUCAGAAAUUGCAUCCUACCCCUGACGAUAUUCCGGGAUGCAUGAAAAUUUUCGAUGAUUUCCUGUCUUGCAAUAUUACGGUGAACCAGAUCAGGUCGCUGUAUAGGUAUGGCCAAAGAGCUGAAUGCGGGCAUAAAUGGGAGGAUUUCAAGUUUUGCAUGAGCAUUACGAAUCUCCACCCUGAGGAGAGACGCAAUGUCUGGAUCAGACGCAGGGCGGAGUGGUGGGCACACAGGAGACUAUCCCAGAGUAGUGAGGAUAUAUGGGAGAUUCGAAAAGAACCUCUGCAGAACUGGCCUCCGGCGACGCCGACCUGCGAUGCGAAUGCCGAGACUAUAGCGUAGCCGGACGUUCAAUGCCUCAAGGGGACUGUCUCCAGCCUUUUCUGGCUGUUGCCCCUGCGUCGCGUUCAGUCCGACACCAUGGAUGUCAGAUAGACACGACUGUUCGAGCCUCACCUACUCGUGUCCACGAAACAUAUACGUUGCCUUGCCCCGUCGUACCUACGUACUGCUGUUGCUCCUCUCAGGCACUCUGCCGUUGUCAUACGUUGACAAAGGAUGUUUUCCUGAGAGGCAUUGUAGCUGUAACUGGAAUUGUAUACGCCUCCCGUACAUUCAGAAGCUGCAGGGCUGUGAAUGUCCGUCCCGG